AUACUCUCCUUGAUCAUAAAAUCCUCUUCUUUUUCUGCAACAUUUACAUUUACAACUUUUUAACCUAGCAGCAUGGCAAGGCUUGGGACAGGAAAUAGGAUCAUCCAAGCCAAACUGGUGCUUCUUGGAGAUGUGGGAACUGGGAAGACUAGUUUAGCAAUUAGAUUUGUAAAAGGCCAAUUCUUUCAUAACCAGGAACCAACCAUAGGGGCAGCUUUUUUCACUCAAAUAUUAUCAUUACCUGAAGCUACUGUAAAGUUCGACAUAUGGGACACAGCAGGACAAGAAAGAUACCAUAGUUUGGUUCCUUUGUACUACCGUGGUGCAGCAGCAGCAAUUGUUGUUUAUGACAUCUCCAGCUAUGAAACAUUUGUUAGAGCUCAAAAAUGGGUUCAAGAAUUGCAAAGUUAUGGAAGUCCGAAGUUGGUGAUGGCACUGGUAGCAAACAAAUCAGACUUGGAGCCAAAGAGAGGGGUUGCAACUGAGGAAGGGGAGCAAUUUGCUCAAGAGAAUGGAUUGUUCUACAUGGAAACAUCUGCAAAGAGUGCAAAGAACAUCAACGAGCUUUUCCAUGAAAUAGCUCAGAGACUAACAAGAGCUUUUCCUCCGAAAUCUGUGGGGAUGAAUUUGAACAAUACAAUGCAAGAUAGAAGCAGAAAAUUUUUCUGUUGCUCAGCUUGAUAUCCCCAUGUAAUCAAAUCAUUGACUCACAGAUAACCAAUGAUAUCAACCUCUGUAUAACCCUGUCCAUGAACGAUUAUCCCAUGUAACUCACUUCUAAUUUGGAGUCUUCAUUCCAGGUUCUAGCUGUAUGAGUUUUUGUUUGUAAAGUUCACUAGUAAUGAAUAACUUUUUAAAAGCUUCAAUUCAUCUGGUUCUACUGCUGUAGUUGUAAUACAUUGCAAUGUGGUUCAGCACA